AUGAAGGCUAUUAUUCUCGUCGGCGGUUACGGUACUCGUUUGAGACCUUUGACCCUUACUGUCCCCAAGCCAAUGGUUGAGUUCGGUAACCAACCUAUGAUCACCCACCAGAUCGAGGCUUUGGCUGAGGCCGGUGUCACCGACAUCGUCUUGGCUGUUUCCUACAAGGCCGAGGUCAUGGAGAACUUGUUGGAGGAGUACAAGGCUCGUUUCGGCAUCAACAUCACCUGCUCCAAGGAGGAGGAGCCAUUGGGCACUGCUGGUCCUUUGAAGCUCGCCGAGUCUGUCUUGAAGAAGGACGACUCUCCUUUCUUCGUGUUGAACUCCGACGUCAUCUGUGACUACCCAUUCAAGGACUUGAUCAAGUUCCACCAGAAGCACGGUGCUGCUGGUACCAUCGUCGCCACCAAGGUUGACGAGCCAUCCAAGUACGGUGUCAUUGUCCACGACAGAGACACCCCAGACUUGAUCGACAGAUUCGUCGAGAAGCCAGUCGAGUUCGUUGGUAACAGAAUCAACGCUGGUAUGUACAUCUUGAACCCAUCUGUUCUUGACUUGAUUGAGUUGAAGCCAACCUCCAUCGAGAAGGAGACCUUCCCAAUCUUGGUUGAGCAAAAGCAAUUGUACUCCUUCGACUUGGAGGGCUACUGGAUGGACGUUGGUCAACCAAAGGACUUCUUGACCGGUACCUGUCUCUUCUUGUCUUCUCUCUCUAGAAGAAAGCCAGAGAAGAUGUGCAACGAGAAGUUCGUCCACCAAGGUAACGUUUUGGUCGACCCAUCUGCCAAGAUCCACCCUAACGCUUUGAUCGGUCCUAACGUCGUUAUCGGUCCAGGUGUCGUCAUCGGUGACGGUGCCAGAAUCCAAAGAUCCGUCAUCUUGGCCAACUCCCAGGUCAAGGACCACGCUUGGGUCAAGUCCACCAUUGUUGGUUGGAACUCCACCAUCGGUAAGUGGGCCAGAACUGAGGGCUGCACUGUCUUGGGUGACGAUGUCGAGAUCAAGAACGAGAUCUACGUCAACGGUGCCAAGGUCUUGCCUCACAAGUCUAUCGGUGUCAACGUCGAGAAGGAGUCCAUUAUCAUGUAA